CUGGACUCGCUGGGCGAGAGCAUCAGCCGCCUGACGGCGCCCUCGCCUCAGACCAUACAGCAGACUCUCAAAAGGACGCUGCAAUAUUAUGAGCAUCAAGUGAUUGGUUAUAGGGAUGCUGAGAAGAACUUCCACAAUAUCUCUAACAGAUGCUCCUAUUCGGACCAUUCCAACAAAGAGGAAGUUGAAGACGUCUCAGGAAUCCUCCAGUGUACCGCGAAUAUACUCGGUUUGAAGUUCGAGGAAAUCCAAGAGAGAUUUGGCGAGGAGUUCUUUAAGAUAUGCUUUGACGAGAACGAGCGCGUCCUUCGCGCGGUGGGCGGCACCUUGCAGGACUUCUUUAAUGGCUUCGAUGCGUUGUUGGAACACAUUAGAACUUCCUUUGGGAAACAAGCCACCAUGGAAUCGCCUUCCUUCCUGUGCAAAGAGCUCCCCGAAGGGACCCUGAUGCUCCACUACUUCCAUCCGCAUCACGUCGUGGGGUUUGCCAUGCUGGGCAUGAUCAAGGCGGCGGGCAAGAAGAUCUACCGUGUGGAUGUGGAAGUGGAGCAGGCUGCCAACGAGAAGCUGUGCUCCGAGGCUUCCAAGCCCGGCAACUGCAGCUGUCUGACUUUCCUCAUCAAGGUGUGUGAAAACACCAACCUCACCAAGAGCCUGCCCCAGGGCACUUCCCGCGAUCCGGGGGACCUCAGAAUUAGCAUCAACACCUUCUGCAGAGCCUUCCCUUUCCACUUGAUGUUUGACCCCAACCUGUCAGUCCUGCAGCUCGGGGAAGGCCUGCGCAAGCAGCUGCGAUGCGACACCCACAAACUGCUCAAGUUUCAGGACUGCUUUGAGAUCGUUUCCCCGAAGAUCGACGCUACCUUCGAGAGAGUCCUCCUGCGGCUGUCCACUCCGUUCGUGAUCAGGACCAAGCCCGAGGCGUCCAGCACCGACAAUAAAGACAAGGGGAUGACAAGCAAGUGCCACCGCAUCCAGACAUUGUGUUUCCCCAUAGCUGGGGUAGCAGGGGUGUGUCACGUCACUGGCACCCAGCCAUUGGUUGAGAUGGAGUCUUAG